UUGUGCGAAUUAAAGUAAUAUUUAUUACAGCGCCUCAUGUCAGUUUUCGUAGAGCUACGAAUAGAAUUCUACAGUAAAUUAUAUUGCAAACAGCUGUUUGCAUACGAAACAUUUGUAAACUUCAUGAGAAACUUUUUUUUUAAUAUUUUAAUGUAUCUUCAUUAAAAGAAUUAAACUAGAUAGAAUAUUAAUUGUACACAUUAAAGCAUAUUAUAUUUAAUUUUAAGGUGAUUGCUGUUUGUGAAGAAGGAAUCAAAAUGGUAUCUUUAAAACUUUUGUUCGUCUUAGCUGUCAAAUAAAUACAUAUAACCUAAAACGCGUAAAUUUAAAGAAAUUGUAAAAAAAUCAUAGAAAUGGAUGUUGUAACAACAAGUUUAGAGGCCCUAAUACAAAGGGUAACGAAUCCUCAAAAUCAAAAACCUGAUAUAGCUGCAAUUGAAGCAUUUUGCGUAAUGCUUACCAAAGAAUCAGAAGGUAUUCAAAUUGGUACUAAAUUAUUAGCACUGCAUAUUCAAUCAUCUAAUGAGACAGAAGCACUUCAAGCUCUUGCUUUAUUGGAUACAUGUAUGAGAAGAUGUGGUCCAUCUUUUCACGCAGAAGUUGGAAAGUUUCGUUUUUUGAAUGAAAUGAUUCGUUUAGUUUCACCAAAAUAUUUGGGUGGUAAAACACCAGCUAUAGUGCGUCAAAAAGUAUUGCAAUUGUUAAAUAUAUGGACAAAAGAGUAUCCAAAAGAAUUAAAAAUCAAAGAAGCCUAUGAAAUGUUAAAAAAGCAAGGUGUUAUCGAAGAUGAUUCUAUAUCAAUAAAUAAUGUACAAGAAGAAGGAUUAAAAGUAUUAAAAGCUAAGAACACAAUAUUUGAUGAUGAAGAAAAAUCCAAAUUGUUGCAAAAAUUACUUCAAAGCAAAAAUCCUGAUGACUUGCAAGCUGCAAAUAGAUUAAUUAAAACUAUGGUGAGAGAGGAUGAAAGAAGGGUACAAUUAAAUUCACGUAGGAUAAUGGAAUUAGAAUCUGUUCAUAACAAUGCAAAGUUAUUAUCAGAAAUGUUGGAUUCAUAUAAUUGUAAUGAAACUAGUACAGAAGAUCUUGAAUUAAUGAAAGAAUUAUAUCAAGCUUGUGAACGAUUAAAACCAAUUGUGCUAAGGUUAGCAAAUGAAACUCAAGAUAAUGAAGGAAUGCUUGGUGAUGUACUUGCUGCAAGUGAUGAAUUGGAACAAGUAUUUGAGAAAUAUACUACAAUUAUAAUUCAUGGUAAAUGUAUAAAACCUAAAACAGAUUCCAACAUCAGUCCGUAUUUAUUAGAUUUAUCCUCUCCAAUGGAGACCAUUCCUGUUAAAAGUGAUGAUGUAAAUGCAAGUUACAAUGCAAUAACAACAAAUCAUCAGUCGGAUAUGGAAGUUUUAGGAGAUAUCUUCAAUUCAUUAGGAAAGUCUGAAAAUUCAGAUAUUUCUGGUUUCCAAUACAAAUUCUUAAUGACUGAUUCAAUUAUGCAGCCGCUCAAUGUUUUACCUAAAAAUAAGAAAGAUGAAUUAAUCAACACAUCUGAAAAGAAAAUUGACAGUAAAGCAAAAGCACUGGAGGAAUUAAACGAAUUGGAUUCUUUGCUUAAACAAAGUUUAUCAGGCAUAGUAUCAAAUUCACGUUUGAAAUCAGCAAGUAAACAAAGUAUAAACCGCCCACCAAAUACCGAACCCUUAGCAGAACAUUAUGUUUCAACGACCUCUCCUCGCAGUGGCAAUUCUUCGUAUUUUUCUGACUUAUCAAAGACUACAAAUAUGAAAAAUGAUAAAGUAUCUGACAUUCAGUUUAAAUCAAAUGAUAACUUUCCGUCUUAUAAUGAUACAAAUUCUCAAACUAUUAUCGAAUGUGAUGUAAAUGAAAAAAUAGAUACAAAUCAAUGUAAUAAUCGAUUAAGUACAUGGGAUGCUGCUUCAAUAACACCAUCAACAGAAAACUCGAUUAGUCCAGAACCUGAGAUUAAACCAUUGACAGACAUUAAUAUCAAUCUUCAUGAUAUUAAACCAGGUAUUAAUCCACCUAUAACAGUAAUUGAAGAAAAAAAUGGUAUAUCUGUAGUGCUUCAUUUUGCUCGAGAUAAUCCAAGAAAAGAUGUAUUUGUUGUAGUAAUUACAACAAUGAGUAAGAAUUUGAAGCCACUUACUAAUUACUUGUUUCAAGCAGUGGUGCCAAAAAGAUGUAAAUGUAGACUUCAGCCACCUUCUGGAACAGAAUUGCCUGGUCAUAAUCCAUUUUUACCUCCAUCUGCAAUUACUCAAAUUAUGUUAAUUGCAAAUCCUACCAAGGAAACGGUAUCGUUAAAAUUUAUGUUAAGUUAUACUAUGGAUGAUGAAACUUUCACAGAAAUGGGUGAAGUAGAAAAAUUGCCUUUAGCUUAAAGUACUUAAAGUAAUAUAAUUGAAAUAUAAAUUAAAUUCAAGAAUUACGGACUCUAAUAGUCAAAAGGAGAAUAUAUUGUUUUUUAAGAUAUGAAUUUUCAAAAGAUAUCGUUUCUUUUAUUUUAUUUCUCAGAUUGUAAUUCAAGAAUUACAGACUCGAAUAGCCAAAAGGAGAAUACAUUGUUUUUUAAGAUAUGAAUUUUCAAAAGAUAUUGUUUCUUUUACUUUAUUUCUCAGAUUGUAAUUACAGUUUUAUCUUUAUUAUUAUAUUCUGAGAUAAUAUUAAUGUUAUGUAGAUAUUUAUAAGUCAUGUUGUGAUUUACAUAAACGAAAAUAUCAACAAAUCUAUUUUAAGAUCGAAAUACAUGAGAGAAUAUUAUAAUCAUAUACAAUAAAGAUCAAAAUAAAUAUAAUAAUUGAAAAAUAGAAAAAAAAAAGAAAGGCACAAAUAAACAAACAAACAAACAAAAAUACGAAAAUACAGAUAGUGUAUUAUAAAUUUAAAGUUGAAAUGAUAUUCUUCAUUAUUAAAAAUGUACAAAUGCGAUAUUUUAUUUAAAAAUUUGAAGAAAUAUAUCAUUCGUUUAGGAAACAGAAAGUACUUCGUCACGAAAAGCAAGAGCAGUGACUGCUUUUUGAUGGCCCUGAUAUUCUCGUUCUACUGCUCCUGUUGAUACAUUCCAUAAUCUUGCAACACCAUCGGACGAAGCUAAAUUGAAUAAAAUGUUAAAAUUGAAUCUAAAAAAAAAAAAAUAUAAUAAAACA